CUUCCUUUCUUUUUCUAACCUGUCCCCCCCCCCCCCCCUCCCUCCCCUCUCGCUCUCUCUCUCUCCUCUCAAUUCUUUCUCGGAUUGGUGUCUCUGCGUGGCCUUUGAUCGGCCAUCACCUGAGCCCGCCUCUGCAAGCAAGUGAAGGAGGAGGAGUACAAGGAAUAUGGCGAGAGAGAAGAUCAAGAUCAAGAAGAUAGACAAUGUGACGGCGAGGCAGGUGACGUUUUCUAAGAGGAGGCGAGGGCUUUUCAAGAAAGCCGGGGAGCUAUCGGUCCUGUGCGACGCCGAGGUGGCUGUCGUCAUCUUCUCGGCCACCGGCAAGCUCUUCGAGUACUCCAGCUCCAGCAUGAAGGACACUCUUGAGAGGUACACUCUCCACCACAAUAAUCUUGAGAAUAUGGAUCAACCUUCUCUUGAGCUGCAGCUGGAGCAUAGCAAUAACAUGAGGUUAAGCAAGGAAGUGGCAGAAAAGAGCCAUCGACUCAGGCAAUUGAGGGGUGAGGAUCUUCAAGGACUGAAUAUAGAGGAGCUGCAGCAAUUGGAGAAAAUGCUUGAAGCUGGACUUAGCCAUGUGCUGGUGACUAAGGAUGAACAAAUUAGGACCGAGAUCACUGAUUUAGAGAAAAAGGGAGCGGAGUUGAUUGAAGAAAACAAGAUAUUAAAACAGAAAAUGACUAUGUUGACCAAAGGAAAACGGCACAUUGUCACGGAGCCAGAUGUCGCAGUUCCAGAGGAAGGGGUGUCGUCCGAGUCCGCCACCAAUGUGUGCAGCUGCAAUUCCGGCCCUCCUUUGGAAGAUGAUGGAUCUGAUACAUCCCUCAAACUUGGGCUUCCUUUCUGAAGCUGAACUUGGAGAGCAACUGAUGAUUCAAAGGGAUCUCAGUCUCUUAUUAUUACAAGAACCUUGGAAGUGUACAAUAACGGAAUGCGCCGUUAAUGGUUAUCUUGACGGAUGUGUGAUAUCGCCUGUAACUCUUGUUCCGUUCCCUGAAGCUUUGAUCUGUUGUAUUGUAUGCUUUAACAUGAGUGCUAAAUAUUUAGCCAAUAUAUAUGACUAUGUAGUUGGUUCCA